UAUGUACUUUCCUUCAUAUUGAUUCAGCUUUUCUCAGGACGUUCCGCGUUUUAAUCCGCUGCGAUGAGCUUUUAUUUACUGGAUAUUUUAAUAACACAAGCAGCGUUUUAAAUGUAAACAGACUGAGCUGCUUUAUUCCGUUCCGGGAUGAGAGCCGCAGAUUACCGACGCUUUGUUCAGUGCGCAGAAUUAAUGUCUGAAUUAAUGUGUGUCAAAUCAUAGCUUUUAUAAUGUUACGAGGGAUUCUUCGACUGUAACUGUCAAGGUACUCUGUUUAUGAGGAACCAUAAACACUCAAAGUGUGCAACAGCAUUUGAAGUCUGUGAAUAAGAUCAGCAUGACCCUGGCGUUGACCCCUGCGGCUGUGUGCCAGUGCUUCACGCUCGUGUCGCUGUGCACGUCUAUCGCAGAUCCCAACUGGAUCCAGGUCCAGAACUGCUCUGAUUCCAGCAGCAAACUCAUCUACGGCGUGGCCUUCACGCUGCACGCGUAUCAGAACCUCACAGACACAGGGCCGCUCGGUGGGCUGCACGGAUGGGGGAUGUGGCUGCUGUACUCUCUGGCCGUUCUCUGCUACAGCGCUGUCCUGUUGUCCAGCUCCUCUUUCCUGCUGGACUUCCUCGGAGCAACGGUCACUCACUCAAAGCUGGUGACCUCACUGCACGUCUUGACAGCGUUCGUCUGCGUGGCGGUUGUGGGUGUGUGCGCGGCCUGUAUGAGUGUGAUUGAACACAUCCUGCAUCGAGGGAAGACAGCAAGCCGCCCGGCGCUCUGCAUGUCUGCAGGAGAAAGCUUCUACAUCGAGAUUUUGGGCCUGCUCUUCUCCUUCAUAGCGUGCGCUCUGGCCCUCAAGGGUCAUCCUGAACCCAUCAGGCCCUGCGAGUACCUGAGCGUGGAUGGAGCGGACAGCGAGACGGAGCCUUUGAUUGGUCGAGCUGAGAGGGAGGAGUAAACAGACAGAGGUGCACUUCAUUUCUAAUGGCAGAAGAGCAAGAGCUGCUGUUAGAUCAGGUGAUCUCAGGAGCACGUACAGAACGAAUGAAAUCCAGAAUUUAAGAAUCGGCUCCUUCUGGUUCAUAAGUGUGAAUUUGAAUUGAAUUGAUCACAGUAUACAGGAUCCCAACCAACAGAGAACGUUCUCAGAAUGUUCUGUCGAGGUUCUCUCAACAUUAUGAAAAAACGUUCUUCCAGGAACAAUUAUAGAAUGUUUUUUCGAAGUUAUCUAGUCUUUAAUAAUGUUCUCAAAACAUUAGCACAAAAAUAUUAUAGUCUAACGUUUUUUAAAUGUUACUAAUUGUUUCAAAACAUUCCGAGAACAUUCAAAAGUAACAUUCCCAUAAUGUUUGCGAAAUUAUUAAAUGGAAUGUUCUUUUAAUGUUUGAAUAAUCAAAAAAUAAUAAUUUUUUUACUUUUUAAAUGUUCAGAAAUAAUGUUUUCAUAACUUAACUGGAACAUUAGCCAAAUCUACUUCAAAUAUAUUUUUGUUAGCUGGGAUGUAGAAUUAACAGGAAUUAUUAAUGUAAUUACAUUACAAUUAAAAGUAAUUCAACAAUCACAAAACAGUGAAAACAUGUUUUUUUUUAAACAGUAAUUAUGCCAUUAAUUCAGACUAAGCGUGACUAUUUAUUUGUGGAUAUGUAGAGCUAAUUGUUUAGAAUUGGUUUGAAAUAAUAUUGUGAAAGCACCACUUUGUUUUCAGAUAAUUUUAUAUUGUUUGACUCUAUAUUUAAAUCUCAGGGAUAAACUGGAGCAUUCUGGGAAAAGAAGUUUUAUAGCAUAAUAAUCCAUAAACUCAAAUUUAAUUUGGUGGGACUUUACAGUAAGAUUCAUGUUAGUAAUGAAUAACAUUAAGUGUGACUUACGUGAAAAAAAAAAAAAAAGAAUUAAA